AACAGAACCAGAAACAGACAUAAGAAGAAGACGAAAGAUCAAGUGACAUGCAAAAACACCGACACAAUCGAACAAACAAGAUUCAGAAAAGCCUUUGGGUUUGAGUUUGGGUUUGGCAGAUGAAACAUGAGAAUGAAUUGAAUUGUGCGUUUGUGUCAUUCUCUGCUUGCCUCGGAUUCGGAAAAGCACAAAUUCGAAUUCUCCACCACCGCUGCUUUUUUUGGCUGCAUAGAUAGGAGCAUAUAAUCCACCCACUCACCUGCAAAUUGAUUGGUUUUAAUGGCGUUUCAAUGGAUGCCAAUUUGUGUUUGACGCCUGCUUCAGAAUGAGGCAUGAUUCAGAGCACACCUCCUGCCUCCUUGUCGGCAACUACUGCCACGACGUUCUGCGCAAGGACGGCGUCGUUUUGACGGAGUCCCUCGGCGGUGCCGCCGCCUUCAUCUCCGCCGUGUUUGAUGGCCUUUCAGUCCCCUGCACUUUCAUCUGCAAAGUCGGUUCUGAUUUUGCCUAUUCCGUCGCGCAUCCGCCGCUAAUUUCUCCAUCCUCGAACACGACCUUGUUCCACGCUAAUUUCUCCUCCCAAAUCCAGCGCCACGACCGCGUCCUCCACCGCGUCCAUGCUUGCGAUCCGAUUGUUCCGUCCGACCUCCCCGAAUCGCGGAGGUUCGAGUUUGGGCUGGCGGUUGGCGUCGCCGGGGAGAUUUCCCCGGCGACGCUGGAAAAGAUGCUGGAUAUCUGCGACGCGGUUUUUGUGGACAUCCAGGCGCUGAUUAGGACCUUCGAUCCGGCCGACGGGACGGUGAGGCUUGUCAAUUUAAGAGAUUCCGGAUUCCACCAUUUGAUUCCAAGGAUUAGGGUUUUGAAAGCCUCGUCGGACGAGGCGCCGUACGUUGACGUUGAGGAGGCGCGUAAGAUGUGCUGCGUGGUGGUGACGAAUGGGAAGGAAGGUUGCACGGUUUACCACGAGAAUGUGGAGCAGCAGGUCCUUCCGUUCCCCGCAGUUCAGGCUGAUCCUACCGGCGCCGGCGAUAGUUUCCUCGGCGGGCUUGUCGUCGGAAUUUCGCUGGGGCUGGCGGUGCCGGAUGCUGCCUUGUUGGGGAACUUUUUCGGAUCGCUUACUGUUGAGCAAAUUGGGCUUCCUAAAUUCGACAUGAAGUUGCUGCAGGCAGUCAAGGACGAGGUUCACAGAAAGAGAUUGCAGUUAUGCAGCAGCCGGAAAGAUCAGUCGAAAGACAAGCUGGAGUCAGCAAAGUCAUUAGACCACGAAGCUUUUCGAGCAACCCUUGUUAGAACAAGAGCACUACCUUUGUAUCCAACUCCAGAAUGCCAAUCAGAGUUGUCUGAUUGUUCGAAAGGAGGAGAAGAACAUCAUCCGAAUGGCCUCUGCAACGACCAAAACUGUUCUCAGACAGUGCUCGUGAAGAACCAAUCAUAGACAGGUGAAAGGAUGGACAGGAUGUCCGAAAAUUCUAAUAAUCAAACAUCAAGCUUACUAUUACAUAGAUUUUUGUCUCAGGAAAUUCGGAAGCACCGCACAGUGACGAGCAAAGUUUUCCCGGCAAAGUAGGCGUAGUAGCCGAGCAGAAAUGUCUUGGUUCACGGCAUGAAGUAAUCUAACUUAUCGAUCGAUGGAAGAACACGGGCAUCUAUUUUAUUUUAUUUUAUUUUAGUUUUUUUUUUUGGAAGGUUUUUUGUUUUCUAGAUAUCUUUGUUUAUGGUUUAGUUCGGAGAAUGAAAUGGAAUCGAAUUAUGUAUCUAUUUAUCAAAGUGAAUGAGGCCAUACUUGAAUUGUGUAAAAAAGAAAUAAGGAGCUUUGCUAUAUCAACAAGCUUAGACAAAGAUACAUUUUUUAUUUUGUUAAUUAAGCUUUUAUUUUCUAUAUUUGUAACUUGGGAUUUUUAUUUAUUUAUUUAUUUUGUAUA